AUUGUUGUCAUAGCUGGGAGCAUGAGGGGAGUUGAUGAUGUUAAGGUGUGGGAAAAUGCAUUGACUGAAUUACGAGAUCGUGUAAGGAGUGUGAAAGAUUCAAAUGAUGAGAUAUUUAAGCGGUUAAGAUUUAGUUUUGAUCGGUUGGAUAGUUUGGAAGCCAGGAAUUGUUUUCUUUAUUGCUCAUUCUUUCGAGAAGAUUAUGUGUUUUCUAGAAGGGAGUUGAUAGAAUGUUGGAUUGAUGAAGGACUAAUUGAUGGGUUGCCAAGUAGAGAAGCAGCUUAUAACAGGGGCCAUGCUAUUAUAGAUAGGCUUGAAAAAAAUUUCUUAUUAGAGAAAGAUUAUAGGCUAGUUGGAUUUGGUGGAUAUGUAGAACAUAUACUUGGGGCUAAGAUGCAUGAUGUAGUGAGAGAUAUGGCUAUCAUAAGCAUUGGUCCUGAAUUUGGAUAUAUGAUAAAAGCUGGUAUGAAUUUGGUAGAGCUACCAGAUGAGCAUGGUUGGGUAAAAGAUCCUAAGAAGUUGUCUCUAAUGGAAAAUAACAUUUUAAAAGUUCCUCUUAGUUUAUCCCCAAAAUGUUCGACUCUUUCGACUUUGAUAUUAUCAAGUAAUCCUAAUUUGUCAGAGAUUCCAGAAUCUUUUUUUGGGGAGAUGCUUACUUUGAAGGUUCUUGAUCUCUCUGGCACUGCUAUUGAGACAGUACCUAAUUCCAUCUCUGAAUUGAAGAAUCUAUCUACCCUGCGGUUACAACUUUGCAAGAAGUUAAAGUACUUGCCUUCCUUGGCAAACCUCAGGGGAUUGAAGAAGUUGGACCUGCACAGGGCAGGGAUUGAGGUGCUCCCUCAAGGCAUGGGGAUGUUGAUAAGUCUUGAAUAUCUUGAUUUGUUAUUUUGUCCAAAUCUGAAAGAGAUUCCAACAGGAAUAUUACUUAACCUUUCCAGUCUCCAGUAUUUGGCAGUUUGUUGUUUGCGAGAAACUACAAUAGUGAGAAAUUUGGAAGAGGUUGCUAGAUUGAAGAAGUUGGAGACUUUAGAAUGUAACUUUGAUGACAUACAAGACCUCAAUUAUUUUGUCAACAAGUUCAAAGAUUUCCAAAGGGCUAUUGCUUACAGUCUUCUAGUUGGGAGUGCAAAAGACAUGCUUAGACAGAGCAAACAUGAGCUUGUAAUUACUGAUUGCGAGAUUGGGGAAGAAGGUAUAGUGCUUCCAAAUAAGCUUGAAGAUUUGUGGACAACUGGGCUUAAAAAAAUGGGAAGCAGCUUAAGCAAAAUAGCUCUGUUAGAAAAAGCAAAUGAGUUGAGGACAUGCUAUAUUGAACAUUGUGAAGAGAUAGAGUGCGUGGUUGAGUUGGACUCAUCCUCCUCCUCCUCCUCCUCCUCAUUGCGUUUUCCAGUAUUUGAUAAGCUUGAAGAGCUGUCGCUUUGGCAAUUGCCUAGGUUGUGUGAACUUGUGAGAGUGGAAAGAGAAGCAACACCAUCGCACGUCUUUUCCAAUCUUAAAAAGCUUCAUGUAGCGUUUUGUUCGGGAAUAAGGAAGUUGCUUCCACUUGAGCUACUGCAGACCCUCCAAAACUUAGAGGCGAUUACAGUUUCUUUUUGCCAUCAAAUGGAGGAGAUAAUAGCAUCAUUAGAUUCGGAUGCAUCAUCAUCGGAUAAAUUCACUUUCACUUUUCCUAAGUUAAGGGAAUUGCACUUGUGGAACUUACCCCAAUUGAAAGGCAUCUGCAGUGCCAAAGGAGUUAUGGUUUGUAAUUCUAUUGAAACAAUUAAAAUGGGUCGAUGUCUGAAGUUAAAGAGGAUCCCUAUGCAACUUCCCCAACUUGAUAAUGGCCAACCAUCUCCUCUUCCUCAUCUGAGAGAAAUCAAGAUAUUUGAAAGUUCAAACGAAUGGUGGGAAUCAGUGGAGUGGGAUCAUCCCAACGCUAAGAACCUCCUUCAACCCUUCUUGAAAUAUAAACUGACCAAUACACAAAUUUGGGAAAUAAUGUGUAGAUUGAAGUGAAGAGCUGCAAACUACAAAUGUAAAGCCACGUGCCAAUAAAAGCAUUUCCACAGU